AUGAGUUCGAAAAUUUUUAAUAUAAUAUUAAAGGAUGAUGUAAAGAAAUUGGAAAAUUAUAUAAAGAGUGAAAACAAUAUUGACCUUAAUGAAUAUAAUAAAGAAGGGUUAAAUAUUUUAUUAUAUGGGAUUGAAAGAGGGUGUUCAGAAUGUUGUUAUUAUUUAAUAAAUGAAAAGAAUGUAAACAUAUUUUUAAAAGAUAGAAAGACUUUUGAAAAUGCCUUAAUGAAAUGUAUGAUUAUUGGAAAUAGCAUGAUAAACGUAAGUAGAUUAUUAAUAUCGAAAAAUAUUGAUAUAAAUUUAAAAAAUAAAAAUGGGAAAACAAGUUUGCAUUUGGCUAGUGAAAAUAAUUAUAUAAAAGGUAUUGAAUUAUUACUAAAAAAUAAUGCUAAUAUUAAUAUAUUAGAUAAUGAAAAAAAUACACCUUUAAUGAUAUCUAUUAAAAGAAAUAAUGAAGAAGCAGCUAUGUUAUUAAUGGAUUAUAAUGCUGAUCCAAAUAUUAAAGAUAAAGAAAGAAACUCUGUUUUACAUAUUUGUGCUAAGGAACAUUCUUCAAAUAUUGCCCAAUAUAUUUUAUCAACAAAUAAAAUAAAUAUAGAAAAUUGUUUAGAUAAUAAUAAUAAUUCUCCAUUACAUAUUGCUGCAAGUGAGAAUAUUAAGACUUUAUGUGAUUUGUUCUUAAAAUAUAAAUUUGAUCCUUCACUUAAAAAUAAUAAUAAUGAAACUUAUUCCGAUAUCUUAAAAAAGCAUGAAAUACAUGCCUUAUUAAAAGAAGAAGAAAAAAGGAAAAAUUAUGAAGAAAAAGAAAUAAGGAAAAGAAAAAAUUAUGAACAAAGUAUGUUAAAAACAGAUGUUUCCAAUUUUCUAAUCAAAUAUAAUUUAAAUGAUUUAAUUCCAUUUUUUUAUAAAAAUAAUUAUAUUUAUGUAGAUGAUGCUUUUAUAAAUAUAAAUGAAAUUACAUUAAAAAAAAUGAACCUAACAAAGGAACAAAGAAAUCUUUUCUUCGAUUCUAUAGAUAAAUAUUAUAACGAAAUACAAGAAGAAGAAAAUCAAAGAGAUAUAACACAUCAACUAUUAAUAGAAGAACAAAAUCGAACUAAAAAAUUAAAAUUUGUCUCCUAUAUUGUGUCUUUAAUAUUUACUAGUAUUUUUAUAUAUAGUAUAUUCAUGUCCAUAUAUAAAAGAGGGAAAAUAUUUUUUUAA